GAACUGCCAGCUGGAGCACGCUGAGGGCUUCAACGACCUCGUCAAACAAGCCUGCAAAUUCUAUGUGCUAGAGACUUGCACGAAAGGGGAGCGGUGUCCAUACAUGCACAAGUCGUUUCCUUGCAAGUUCUUCCACAGGAACGGAUACUGCUCUAAAAAGGACGACUGCAGGUUUUCCCACGGGCCACUUAAUGAAGUCACCGAAAAGCUUCUGGAGGAGGCAUUAAGACGAGAUGAAGCUCUCCGCGAACUCGCCAAAAAAGCUGAACAAGACUCGUCAGUCCAGCCGGCGAACACGGAAGAGUCUGAAUCCGUAGAAGCUGACAAGGACCCCGAGAUACUGAAGCUACCACUCAGGCCAAACUUUUACAACAGCACAGAUGCUGAGAAGGAGACAUCAGUUGAGCAGACCGAAGACGUGUCCUCUGUAGCGUCAGACGCUGCCCGACCUCCAGGUCCUCCAUCAGCUGAUCAACAGGAGCCGGUGUGUUAUUCGGUGCAGGCCGUGCUCGGAGCCCAGAUGUCCAGACCUUAUAUCAGCUUCUUCGGAGCUCCGCGAGGUGAAGACCCUGCACCUGCCGCGGCCCCGCGGGGCUCCUCAGACGUCACCGUGGGCAACACAAGCCACGCCCCCUACUCCGUGGAUGCUGUCCUUAAGUCUUAUAAGUCAAUGGGAAACUCCACCUUGGGUCAAAUACCUACCUUUUCCAGCACACAGAGCUUACCUUAUACCCCCAAAAGUACGUCUGAAAAGGUCCCACAACCUGUAUUAGGUUCACAAAACCAAAACCAGAAGGUGCCAGUAAAUACCAGACAAGAAGUAAACGUGUACCAGGGAAAGAUUUUCAGUCCAGUGUGCGCUGACUCGAUUUCCAGGACUUCUCCUGAUCCUUCCUACUUGUCUGGGGAUCGUAAGAAACGAGGCGGGGAGGUGUCGGCGAGCCAGAGACCUGCUCAGAGGGAGCUACCGCGUUCUGUUGUCUCUGGGUCUGAUGAAAGCAAAGAUGCUGCAGAGAGACGGCACCUGCCUAUGGGACCCAUGUGCUCUGAAAGCUCUGCGUGGCAUCCUCCUAAACAUCACACACAGCUGAAGCCACAUCUCUCUGGACUGACGUCUGACUCUUUAAGAAAGGCCUUCUCUCCCUCUUCGGGCUUCAAAGGGUUGAGCGUUGGCGCUGCUGCAGCUGUCGGGCCUGUAAAAAGCCCCGCUAGGACAAAGGAUCCUUCAAAUGCUGCUGUUCAUCAUUUUGGAGCGCAGUUCUCUGAGAUGCUUCAAAAGGGCACAACGACUCAGCCGACCCCCAAACCAGGCUCCCCGCAGGGUUAUUUAUCCAACACAACCCCGGAGCGCCAGGGUCGAAAUCCAGAUGGAAAGGACUCUUCAGUUAAGAGACCUUUCAGGAGCCUUUUUGCACCACUAACGCCAGACUCUGAAACAGCUCCAGCUUGUCCUCAAUGCUUUAUUAAAUCUCCACAGUCAGCAGAUAUUGCAAGAACCAAAACAUGUGCCACGUCCUUCCACAGCCUUUUUGCGUCUCCUCUCAGUGCGACCCCCACUUCUCCUCCGGGGUUGGAGUCUCGGUCAUCUGUCGCGGUGACCCGUCCCUGCAGUCAGCAAUCACUAUUACGCCCCAAGCACACAGCUUCUGGUCUGAGGGCCCCUCUCUCGGUGCAGGCCAAACCCGGCGUCCACAGCCCGGCACCUCCCGCACGGAUCCCUGAUCCUGGACUUGAUCGUGUGAAGCAGGUGGCGACUCCAGUCAGUCAAGAUGCUCCAAGCGAUGCGCCGACAGGUCAUCAUCCGCGGCAGCUGCCUGACGUGUCGCCCCCCAGAGAUUCUGCUGCAGAGACGUCUACAAAGUCAGUCCUGAAAAGCCUGUUUCUGUCCCUGGGGCCGUACCAGGAGGAUGGAGAGACACGGGAGAGCAGUCGGAGCCCCUCAGAUGAAGAAAAGGAGGAGAAGAGCAGUUCGGAGUGUGUUUUGAAGCAACAGCAGGAGAGUCGAGUGAAGAAGAAACGAAAGAAGAGGAAGAACAAAAUGACUCGAGCUUUCCACCAGUCUGCAGUGGACGCAGCUGCAGGUUCUGCAGAGCACCAGUCGCCUCAGACGUCAGAUAUCAGGGAUGCAGGUAUGUCCAGACCUCAGGAGAGGAACUCUGGCUCACGUGUGCCCCCGUUCACACCAGCGGCUCCACUCACGCAGCGUCCCACCCUCCUGAGAGUGAAGCAGGGGUCGGAGGAAGGAGAGGUGGUGAAUGGAAACACGGCCGUAACGCCAUUCAAGGACCUUUUUAAGCCCUUUUAGACUCCACUUGAAAGGUUUAUGUUUAUAUUACUAGAUAUAAACGCUAAUAAGUGAGUGUAUUCCUUUCAAUACCUGCUGUAUUUUCUGUUGCGUCUGAUAAAUAUAUUCUGCAAGGCACUUGUAUUUUAUUUUUUUUUAAAUAAACACCAGGUGUAUGUUUCUUGUACAGGCAUUUUUAUUCCGUAUAUUUAUUAUGAGCACUGUAAAGACUUUCCU